CUUAACAAUAAUUAUUAGCAAGCUAAUAAUAGCACAGCUUCACAUUCACGGAACCCGGUUUAACUUUUUUCCUCCUCAGCUCUUUUCCCAAACUUCCCUCCACCCGCCUCAUUCUCCGGAUCCAACGGCCGCGCGCACACACACACACACACCAGCACGCACCGCCUCCGCCAACGCUCCGCCCAAUGGAGAUCUGACAUAAUCGCCGAUUCUCCAUUGCACGAACGCGAAUAUUUUUCUAUAUAUUUAUUAUAUAUUUUUUAAAAUAUAAUAUAUGUCUCGGCCACCAAACCAUGAAUUUCAGGAGUGGUGGAACAAGCAGCGAGCCAAUGGCGAUGACAAAGAUAACGAACUUUUGAACGGUCCGUCGUCGUCUCCCGAAACCCGUAGCUUCUUAACCGUCGAGAUCAACAGCCCUAACGCCGGCCGUCCACUCGAGAAGGAGCGUUACCGGAACGCCCGGCAGCUCUCCUGGAUUUGGCUUCUUAAGUUCCAACAGCUUGCUAGCUCCGUCGCGUUCCUCGCCAAUGGAUUCUUCACGCUGCUCCGCACGGCCAAUCGUCGCGUCGCGUCGGCGUCCUCCGCCGCGACGGCGCACCGCUCGGAAUCGAAGCUGUAUAGGAUAAUUAAGGCUUUUCUGGUUGUCGUUGUUACGAUGUUAGUGUUUGAGCUCGUUGCCUACUUUAGGGGAUGGCAUUUCAGUCCGCCGACAUUGGACGCCGAGGAGGUGUUGGAUUUGGUGGAGUAUCUGUAUGCUAAGUGGUUGGACAUUCGGGUCAAUUAUUUGGCUCCGCCGUUGCAAGCCUUGACGAAUGUGUGCAUUGUCUUGUUCUUGGUUCAGUCCGUGGAUCGAGUGGUUUUAGUGCUCGGUUGUGCCUGGAUUAAGUUCAGGGGAAUGAAACCGGUGGCUCAAAUUGAGUAUUCAUCAUCGGACCUCGAGAAUUCUGCGGUCGAUUAUCCCAUGGUGCUCGUGCAAAUACCAAUGUGCAACGAGAAGGAGGUAUACCAGCAGUCUAUUGGAGCUGUAUGUAUCCAAGAUUGGCCAAAGGAUAAAAUGCUCGUGCAAGUUUUAGAUGAUUCUGAUGAUAUGGAUGUUCAAAACCUUAUUAAGGCAGAAGUUCAAAAAUGGCAACAAAGAGGUGUCCACAUCAUAUACAGACAUCGACUAGUACGCACUGGUUAUAAAGCUGGGAACCUCAAAUCAGCAAUGAGCUGUGAAUAUGUCAAAGAUUAUGAGUUUGUCGCAAUCUUUGAUGCAGAUUUUCAACCAGCACCUGACUUUCUCAAGAAAACUAUUCCUUAUUUCAAAGGUAAUGAUGAUCUUGCACUGGUCCAAACAAGGUGGUCAUUCGUAAAUAAGGAUGAGAAUCUGCUUACGAAGUUGCAAAAUAUAAACUUAGCCUUUCACUUUGAGGUUGAGCAACAAGUAAAUGGUUGGUUUAUCAAUUUUUUCGGUUUUAAUGGAACUGCCGGUGUCUGGAGAAUCAAGGCACUCGAGGAUUGUGGUGGCUGGUUGGAUCGAACUACUGUUGAAGACAUGGAUGUUGCUGUGCGUGCUCACCUUUGUGGAUGGAGAUUCAUUUAUUUGAAUGAUGUUAGGUGCCUGUGUGAGCUCCCAGAGUCAUAUGAGGCGUACAAGAAGCAGCAACACCGUUGGCAUUCUGGCCCAAUGCAGUUAUUUCGCUUAUGCUUUGUUGACAUACUUCGUUCAAAGGUCAGUGUGGUGAAGAAAGCUAAUAUGAUAUUCCUCUUCUUCCUCCUCCGAAAGCUCGUACUUCCUUUUUAUUCAUUCACCCUUUUCUGCAUCAUUCUUCCUCUGACAAUGUUCCUUCCUGAAGCUCAGCUACCAGCUUGGGUGGUUUGUUAUAUUCCUGGGCUUAUGUCUAUCCUGAACAUCAUUCCAGCUCCACAGUCAUUCCCAUUCAUCGUACCAUACCUUCUAUUUGAAAACACUAUGUCCGUAACCAAAUUUAAUGCUAUGAUAUCUGGGCUGUUUCAGUUAGGAAGUUCUUAUGAGUGGAUAGUUACCAAGAAAUUGGGCAGAUCAUCUGAAGCUGAUUUGGUUUCAAUAAUUGAACAUGAAUCUGAGUCUUUGGUUGGAAGUGGUGGUCUCCCAAAGUCGUCCUCGGAUUCAGGACUUGCUGAGCUUAAUAGAUUGGAGAUGAACAAAAAAAGUGGGAAGGCCAAGAAAAAUAGACUGUACAGAAAAGAAUUAGGUCUUGCAUUUAUUUUGUUAACUGCCUCAGUUAGGAGCUUGUUAUCUGCUCAGGGAAUACACUUCUACUUCCUGUUAUUUCAAGGAGUAACUUUUCUGGCAGUUGGUCUUGAUUUGAUCGGCGAGCAGGUCAGUUGAAUACUUGGUACUUCGCUGCAGUAUGUUCCAUAGCCCUGUGUUGGGGUUCCGCGUGGAACGAGUAAUUGUGCCUAGUGGAAGCACUACCUCUCUUUUGAAGUGCAAUACAUAGGCUUAGCAAUUGUACUUUGAGUGCGAGGCCCUCUCUCCAACGAGUAGAGCUUAUCAGAGAUGAAAAGGUAUAUUUUACACGGAUUCUUUAUUUGUUCAGCACUAAGCUUAUUGUUUGCAGUGCUGUUUAGAGUUUGUUGAAAGCUCCAAAGGUGGCACAAACGGGGGGAUUUGCAACUUAUAGAUGGCUAGUAUGCUGUAUUAGUAUGAAACAUUGACCUGUGAUUAUGUGCAGGCUUCAUGUUAGAUUAGAUUUUGAGGUUAGUCAUUCUUUGUUUGUGUUAUUGAUAGAUAUUGUACAAUCACACAGUUUAUACACACUUUCUGGAAAAAGACCAUGCUCUGGUCUAUAGUAUUGAGUAGAAAGCUGAUGGUCAGCUGAUGAUGUUGUCAUUGAGAUUUUCUGCCUUGAAUGCAGUUAGGUAUGUGGAUAUUCAGAAUAUUCGCCUGUCCGGUGAAUAUUUGUGGUGAUACUGUGGUCGGAAAAGUGGUGCUCGUGAAACAUUCAUUUG